AUGGCUGACGAAUCGGGAGAAGAAGAGAUACCCCUAGUGCAAAUACCGAGAGAGCCACUGCGUCUUAAUAACUUGCUGAUUCAGAAUGUGAACUCUUGGGGAAAUGUGGAGUACAACAUUCCUUUGAGGCUGUCCUUUAAUGAGACCAGAACUGGCACCAAUGUCGCUCAUCGUCUUAUACCACCCGUCCCGCAUAGCUUGGAUGUGAAAAUCGAUGACCCUCUCCCGGGUCGCGUCACAGGCCGUGACAUGGUGGUAGUGAAGGAGACAUACCGCACCACAUCUGGCGAGUACAACAUAAAGCCGAACCCCAACAAGGCGAUGGAGCGGUCUGACUGCGCUGCUAACUGUAAGAGAGUCAUAUUUAUGACUGGUGUCGAGAAACGGCUUCAAAAGCAAAUAAUAACCCAGCCGGCUCUGCUAUCCGAGAUGAAAGACAAUUACCGAGGAUUAGCCAGAUCUCCGUUGGCACCACCUGAAAUCACUGUGAAGGCACCUGAUCCCGCAUAUAUAUUUGAUGUAGUGGCGGCAGGAAGGAACGAAGCGCCAACCAUUCCUGAGCAUGCGACAGGGUUCCGCAGGUUGAUGGACCCGUAUGUCACGUCGUACAGAGCCAACCAUCGGCAGUUUACGCCUGACGACCAAUACGGGAUCGGAGCCAAGGAUCAUAUCACCUUCUACUCAGAAUUCAACACUCCUAAGGUUAAAGGCUUUGGACCUCGGCAUAAGGAAAUAUGGCAGCCAUUAACGUCGAAACCGUACAGAAGUGUGUAUGAUAGGAUCCACGUGAAAAAAGAAUAUAAAGAAGUUGCCGCUGCCCGCAACCCAGUCCUUAAUAUCAAGGGAGUAUUUGAAUCAGAAAUGAAGAGGAAGUACAAGAUUCCGUUCACAAUGUCUCCGCUUGCAUCUUGGGGAACUGAAGAGGUGUUCGAUCUGGCUCCAUUCCCGCCGAAUCCGUUCCAGACAAACAUUGCGCCGUUCAUGUACUGCAGCGACUACUGCCACAUUGCCCAGGGCACGCCGCCAUACUGUGUCAUCGACCAAUUUGCCCACCAAUUCCCUCCACAUGCUCCCUGCGUGGAAAGGCUUGUUGUGUCCAGAGAUUCGUAG